UUACAGGUGUUAUUGGUGGCGUCAUUUUCUCAUGCUGAUGAACAAUCAUGCAGACAAAGAGGGGAUCUUGAGAACCCCCAGCUAUCUCAGGAUGGGGAUAUUGUAUUAGGGGGGAUCUUCUCAUUUCAUAGCAGCUGGAAAGACAGAAAGGAUACCUACAUGCAUAAACCACUGCCACUGCAGUGCACCAGUUUGAGUUUCAGAGGUUUCCAGUUUGCUCAAGCUAUGCUUUUUGCCAUUGAGGAGAUUAAUAACAGUACAGACCUGCUGCCAGGAGUCUCUCUGGGCUAUAAAAUCUAUGAUGCUUGUGGCUCCCUUGCAAGAAGUGUAAGAGUUGCACUGGCAUUGGCUAAUGGUAAUGAAAUUGUUUCUGUGCCAUCUGAGACACCAUGUACCAGACCUGCGCAAGUGCAGGCCAUAAUUGGAGAGACCUCUUCCUCUCCUUGCAUGGCAAUAGCUACUGUCCUUGGACCAUUUUAUAUACCAAUGAUCAGCCACUUUGCCACAUGUGCUUGCCUCAGUGACAAAACCAAGUACCCAUCCUUCCUCAGAACAAUACCCAGUGACUACUACCAGAGCAGAGCCCUGGCCCAUUUGGUCAAGUAUUUUGGUUGGACUUGGGUUGGAGCUAUCAGAAAUAAUGAUGAUUAUGGAAAUAAUGGCAUGGCCACAUUCACAGAAACUGCAAAGCAGCUGGGCAUCUGUCUGGAGUAUUCUGUAUCGUUUUUUAGGACAGAUCCAUCUGACAAAAUACAAGAGAUAGCUGACAUUAUAAAGGCUUCAACUUCCAAGGUGAUUGUUGCCUUUCUAUCACAUAUGGAUAUGGGUGUGCUAAUAUAUGAGUUAUCCAAAUACAAUUUGACUGAAUACCAGUGGGUAGGUAGUGAGGGAUGGAUAUUUGACUCUGAAACGGCAGCAAUGGAUAAGCAUCACAUACUGGAUGGCGCCAUAGGUCUUUCCAUUCCCAAAGCACAUGUCAGUGGCCUGAGAGAGUUCAUGCUGGAUGUGAAGCCACUUAGUUUAUCUAACGAUGGACUGUUUACUGAGUUCUGGGAGUCAUUAUUUAGCUGUAAGUUCAAGGGAUUGAAGUCAACAGCAGAGAUUGAGAGAGAGUGUACUGGACAUGAAGAUCUGACUGGAGUUCAAAACAGCUUCACUGACAUGUCACUCAUGCCUAUCUUUAACAAUGUCUAUAAAGGAGUGUAUGCAGUGGCCCAUGCACUUCAUAAUAUCCUCAAGUGUAAUAAAACAUGUAACAACAACGUGCUGUUAGAUCCAUUUACGACUUUACUGCACAUAAGAAAUAUUCACUUCAAAACAAAGGAAGGAGAUGAGGUGUACUUUAAUGAAAAUGGAGAUCCAGCAGCAAAGUAUGAAAUUAUAAACUGGCAGCCAAGAGAAAACAGCACUGUGGAGUUUGUCACAAUUGGUCUUUAUGAUACAUCAUUAGGUCCAGAAAAACAGCUAAAUCUGAAAAACAAGUCUAUAAUUUGGAUGAGAAACUCACAGCAGGUGCCUGUAUCAGUUUGCAGUGAGAAGUGUCCGCCAGGAACACGUAAGGUUCUCCAGAAAGGACGGCCUGUUUGCUGCUAUGACUGCAUAAGAUGUGCAGAGGGAGAGAUAAGCAACAUUACAGAUUCUGUCAACUGUGUGAGAUGUCUCCCUGAAUACUGGUCAAAUGAGAGAAGAGUCACCUGUGUAAAGAAGGAAACAGUGUUCCUAUCAUAUGAAGAAAUUAUGGGUGUUCUGCUUACUGCAGCAUCUUUGUUUGGCACAUGCACAACUGCUGCUGUGGCAUUAAUUUUCUUCAAACACAGAAAAACUGCUAUUGUGAGAGCAAACAACUCUGAGCUGAGCUUCCUGCUGCUCUUCUCCUUGACUCUUUGUUUCAUGUGUUCUCUGACCUUCAUCGGUCAGCCCUCUGAGUGGUCCUGCAUGCUGCGACACACAGCAUUUGGCAUCACCUUUGUCCUCUGUAUCUCUUGUCUUCUGGGGAAAACAAUAGUUGUUUUAAUGGCCUUCAGGGCUACACUUCCAGGUAGUAAUAUGAUGAAAUGGUUUGGCCAUGCACAGCAGAGAUUCUGUGUUUUGGGUUUCACUCUUAUUCAAGUCCUCAUAUGUAUCAUCUGGUUAACAACUUCUCCUCCUUUUCCAUUUAAGAAUUUUAAGGAAUUCAAGGAUACAAUCAUUUUAGAGUGUGCUCUGGGAUCAGCUCUAGGCUUUUGGGCAGUGCUUGGAUAUAUUGGACUCCUGGCUAUGUUAUGUUUUAUUUUUGCUUUUCUGGCUCGGAAACUGCCUGAUAAUUUCAAUGAAGCCAAAUUUAUCACUUUUAGCAUGCUGAUAUUCUGUGCAGUAUGGAUCACAUUUAUCCCAGCAUAUGUCAGCUCUCCAGGAAAGUUCAGUGUUGCUGUAGAAAUAUUUGCUAUUCUUGCCUCCAGUUUUGGACUGUUAAUUUGCAUCUUUAUGCCCAAAUGUUACAUCAUCUUACUGAAACCAGAGAAGAAUACCAAAAAGAACAUGAUGGGGAAGAAGGCACCACAAUCACUCUGA